UUUUUUUUUUUUUUAUUUGCUCAUUACCGACUUUUUAAAUUAAUAAUUUAUGGCCGAUGUAUCAAAAAAGACAACAUCAAAUCAUAACAACUUGGGUGCGGCUUGUUAUAGAUGCAGAGGAUUCAGACAUGCAUGCGAUAGAGAAAAACCUGCAUGUUCACGCUGUAAAAGAAGAGGCAUCACUUGUCAAUAUCCAGAAGCAGCACCAACACUAAAAAAGCUUCAAAAAGCAACAGAGACUUUGAGUGAUCGUAUUAAGAAAUUUGGCGAGCUUUUAAAGACAGGCGAAAAUAAUAAUGAUGGAUUACUCAACAAUACUAAUUUUAAAAAGGGAAUUUCUUUACAAAGGCUUGCUCAGCCUAGAUCCACUGUAGCUCCUGCCGACUUUGACAAUUCACCCUCUCUUUAUAUAACAAACUCUACUUCCAUGUCCGUACGUUCAAAUAAUCCCGACCUUCUGAUAGAUGAUGAUGCGAGAUCAACUACAAGUCAUUCUACAAUCACAAAAAGCAAAACAACUCCUCCCGUAGUCUCUACAAGCUCUUUUUCUGUUUAUCCAUGUAACAAAUGUUAUAAAGACUUACAACAAUGCGAUCUUACCUUACCGAGUUGUAGUCGAUGUGCAAAUAAUAAUUUUGAAUGUAUUUAUACGAAAACAGAACCCAAAGCGAAUCAUGUCUCUCAGGUCCUAAAUACGAUGAAUAAAGUGAUGGAUCAAUGGCAAGACUCGAUAGAUAAAAUGGCAAAGGACUUUGCUCAAAAGACUCGUGAUUUUGGUCAACGUGUAGAUCAAUCGUUUAAAAAGAAACCAUUACCUCCCUUUGCUUGGAAGAUCACUUCAACAAAUAAAGGUCUCUCCGUUGAAAGUAAUGUCAACUCUUUUAAUGAUCUUUCUAAACUGGUAGACCAAUUCAAACGAACUAUGCAUAUCACUCCUCGGGAUCCUGAAACAGCUGAUACAGAUAUGAUAGAUGAUGAACGUCAUAGAAUAGCGCAAGGUGUUGAAAUUGAUGAUGCAAGCUCUAUACACACUUCCUCUGGGUUUUCUUUUGGUGUUUGGAAUGCAUGGUCUCAUCCGACAAAUGCAAUACCUGAGGAUUAUCCUGUUGAUAUUAAUCAAGAAUUAACAGAUAGUCUUGUAGAACUCUAUUGUAGAACACCCUGUUGUUCUGCAAUUCGUUUACCUAUCAUUGAUACAACUGAAUUUUUGGCCCGUUAUAAGAGCACUGAUGCUGAAAGACGACCGUCUAAGGUUCUUAUCUAUGCUGUUUGUGCUAUGGCUGCUCGUAAUGCAUUCCAAAUGCAUGUCUGGAGUAAGAGACCUGCUCAUGAGACACCACACUACAAUAUGGGUAAAGCACUCUCUAUGGCUUAUUGUCUUAAGGGACGUGAAGAGUUAGCAGAAUGCUUUGAUAGACCUACGAUAGAUAAUUGUCAAGCUGCCUUUUUAUUAUCCUAUUGUAAUCAUCAAAAUGGCUAUCCAGGAGUUAUUUAUGUUUAUGAUUGGAUUGCAUUUACGAUGGCACAAGAAUUAGGUCUUUAUGAUUCAGGUCGUGUAUUAGACACAAGAGAAGGAAUCUUAGUAUGGGGACUUUAUUACUUUAAUACAUGGUAUCGUGUAUUACAGGGUGUAUCGAAUUCAUAUGCAGAACUAGGACAAAUCCAUCCAAGUUGCCCUCUACCUCCUCCACAACCUAAACCAAAGUUAGACUAUAUGGAUAUAGAUGACAUGAUUGAACCACCUCAAGAAAUGAUUGAUUACUACGUUUAUACUGAAUGGUAUUGUCUAAUUCAAUUACAAAUUCUUCGACAUGAUUGUAUGAGUCGUUUAUUAUCAGCACAAGCUGCAGGAAAGCAUGAUACCACACUCUCUGCUGAUUUACUUGCAAUGCAAGACCGUUUACAAGCCUUUUACGAUAAAUUACCAGCAGAAUGGAAGAAUCCUGAUCUUGAAUCGAUUGCCUUGGAUCAAAUGGCAGCUUGUACACCGGAACCCUUUUAUCAUGGAAAUGAGCAACAGCAAUACUAUCAUGUCGAUAUUCAUGAAUUUGCUAGAUUUUGUAUUCUUAGUGUUCACGUCUAUUAUAACAUUAAUAAGAUUUUAUUGUAUCAAGCGUUUUUCCCAACUGACCAUGCACCUACUUCACCAUUUUCACUUCAAAGUCUUUAUACUUGUAUUGAUGCAGCUUAUGCCAUUACACAAACAUUAGAUAUCAUGGUGAAACAUCAUGAUGAAUGUAAUAUUCCUUUAUUAGGUUUCUUAUUUGCUAAUAUGGUCUAUAUAAAAUUACUUAAUUAUAACGAUGAUCAAUAUCAAGAAUUUGCAAGACGAUGUCUAGAACAAUCCAUUAAUGUAUCCAAGAUGUCCAAGGCCUACCUUUAUGAUUUUGAAAUGACACGUAACCUUGUUAAUGUUAUGGAACAAGAUAUUCGAAAUGCCUGUGGUGGAAGACCUCUUAGUGUAGUAGAUGAUGAGUUUUAUCCGUUUGCUCUUCCUUCACCACCUACUUUACCACCUUUUAUUCAAUAAUUUUUUUU